AGUGAGUGGUACCUGACUAUCACUAAACCUUUGGUCUUAGCACUACGUAUAGAUUACACAUACAGUAGUGUCUCUAGAGUGCAAACGUAAGCCUACCAAAAGGUGGUAAUUCUGAAAUCGGCGUGCUUACUAAAUGCGCCCUGGUUUCCAGCUCAAUCCUUGCUAACCCCGUAUCGUGCAUGUAAAAUAGUUGGGGCGCUAAAGAUCUCUAUAUAAAGUCCAGGAUCCCUGCUUUCUGUAUCAAGUUUAUCAUUAUCCAUAUCAAUCAACAUUGCUCAAUGACCGCUCCAGCUACCACCAAAUCCUUCAUCUUGCAGAACUCUCCGCUAACCGCCUGCAACUUCGACUUGGGAUCCCCAGAUGCCACCUUCAAGUUGGAAGCCGCCAAGCCAAUCGAGGCGUUGAAAGAGAAUCAAGUUCUUGUGAAGAUUUUGUACCUCUCUAACGACCCAACUCAAAGACCAUGGAUUCAAAAGGGUGCUAACCAAGACAGAAUGUACGCGGCGUUGGUUUCCGAAGGCGACGUCAUGAGAUCCUUAGGCUUGGGUAAGGUCAUCGAGUCUAAGUCUUCCAAGUACACUGCCGGUGACUAUAUUACCGGUCUCUUGGCCUGGGAAGAGUAUGUCACUGUUGACGAGUCCAGAAUCUUUAAUAAAAUUGCCGACACCUCCAUCCCAUUGACCAUGUACUUGGAUGUUAUUGGCUUGACCGGUUUGACUGCCUACGUGGGUUUGAUCGAUGUUGGUAAGGUUACUAAGGACGACACUGUUGUUAUUUCUGCCGCCAGUGGUGCCACCGGCUCCAUGUGUGUGCAGAUUGCCAAACACAUUAUUGGUUGUAAGAGAGUGAUUGGUAUUUCCGGUGGGGCUGAGAAGUGCAAAUAUGUUGAAUCCAUCGGUGCUGAUGCCGCUGUCGAUUACAAGGACCCGAAUUUCAAGCAGAACUUACAGAAGGCUAUCGGUGGGGUCAACACCGUUGAUGUCUACUUCGACUCCGUCGGUGGUAAGAUCUUGGAUCUCAUGUUGCAAAUCGUCAAACCAUUCGGUAGGAUUGUUGCCUGCGGCGCGAUUGCUGGUUACAAUGAUCUGGAACUGCUGAAGAUUUCUAACUGGGGCCAGAUUAUCACAAACAGAUUGACCGUCACCGGGUUCAUCUGCAGUGACCUUACUGACCAGUUCCCAAAGGCCAUCGCCGACAUCAGCGUUGCUCUUAAAGCGGGUAAGGUCAAGUGCGAUGCCUCUUCUUUCACCUUGGUUGAUUUGACCGACGACAAGUUCUCCAAGAUCCCAGAGACCUGGAGUUUGUUGUUCAGCGACAAGAAGGGCCCAGGCAAAUUGAUAACUAAGAUUGCCAACGACGACGCUUAACCGUUACAUUGUUGUAUUAGUCCAUUACCUAUGAGUUA